AUGGUGGUGUGUUACAGGCUGGCAUCGGCUAUGAAACUUUCCACAAAAAUCUCCCACAACCUUCUCUUCUGGUUUUUGUUUUUCCAUAUGCCGCAGCUAAUUUCUCCUUUAAUUACAGGUACUGAAGCCAGCUGCGAGAACGAAGGAGAAGUGUUGCAUAUCCCCAAUAUCACCGACAACCCCUGCAUCUCCUGCGUGUGUCGGAACAAAAAAGCAGAGUGCAAGCAGGAGAAAUGCCCUCCAGUGGCGGAGGACUGUGCACUGGUUGUAAAGCAGACUGGAGCCUGCUGUGAGAGAUGCAAAGGUUGUCAGUUGGAUGGGAAGUCCUAUAACAGCUCAUACUCUUGGACCUCCUCCACUAAACCCUGUAUUACCCACAGGUGUCAGGAAGGUGUCAUCACCGAGGCAGAGGUGCAAUGCGUUGUUCACUGUAAGAACCCCAAGGUCCACCCGAAAAAAUGCUGCCCGUCCUGCCCAGGAUGUAUCUUUGAGGGACGUUUAUAUAAAGAGAAGGAGGAGUUUCAUCCAGAGGGGAAGCCCUGUAUCAAAUGCACCUGCACCGGAGGCCGUACGAUGUGCAAUAGAGAGAUAUGUCCUGUCCUCUCAUGCCCCGCCCAUCUGAGCCACACCCCUCCAGGUCAAUGCUGUCCUAAAUGCCUAGGUCAGAGAAAGGUGUUUGACCUGUCACUGGGCAGCUGUCUGUUCCACAGUGAGGUGUAUGAAAACAACACCUCGUUCAAGUACGACAACUGCACCACCUGUAUGUGUCUCAACUCCACUGUGGUGUGCAGAAAGCGGUGCUCCAAGCCGGGGAGUUGUCAUGGCGACCAGGGGCAAUGCUGUGAGGAGUGUCUGUCCUACGUGAAGAUGGAGGACGUGAAGUACUGCAGGGUCAAGAAUAAGAUCUACAGGGAAGGAGAUAGAUGGUCGUCAGUAAACUGCACUUUGUGUACCUGUGUGAAGGGGAACAUUGAGUGCCAGCCCAAACGGUGUGUUCCAAUCACCAGUUGCCCUUCAAAUAAGAUCCUGAAUCGGACUGGCUGCUGCCCUGUUUGCACUGAAAAGCCAGGGGUCUGUACAGUGUUUGGAGAUCCUCAUUAUAACACGUUUGACGGGCGGACCUUUAACUUCCAGGGCACGUGUGAGUACGUGCUGACAAAAGAUUGUUCCCCAGCGGCUAGUUUUGUGGUGCUAGUGAAGAACGAUGCUCGACGGACGCGUUCUUUCUCUUGGACCAAGUCUGUGGAGCUGCAGACCGCCGGUCUCAGUAUCAGCCUUCACCAGCACCUCACCGUCAGACAGAACGGGACUCGCAUUGCCCUGCCUUUCCACAGCACCGGAAUUCACAUCGACCUCGAUGGCUACCUGCUCAAACUCACCACCAUCGCAGGACUGGAGAUCACAUGGGAUGGAGACAGUCUGGUGGAAGUGGUGGCAGCACCACAUCUGAAAGGUCGACUCUGCGGAUUAUGUGGGAAUUACAACGGCCACAAACGGGAUGACAGCAUAGGGGGCGACGGACAGUUCAAGUUUGACGUGGACGAAUUCGCAGAGACCUGGCGCGUGGAGGGUAACGAGGUGUGUUCCCAACCGCCGAGGAGACCGACGUCAUUUCUGUGCACCGGACCAGUCAAGGUCAAGUUCCGCGCUCACCGAGCGUGCCAGAAACUCAAGUCCUGGGAGUUCCAAAAGUGCCAUCCGGUUGUCGACUUCACCUCUUUCUACAGGUCUUGUGUAACAGACAUGUGUGAGUGCCCACUGCAUAAGAAUUGCUACUGUGAGUCCUUCAUUGCCUAUAGUCGUGCCUGUGAGAGGGAGGGAGCGCCAGUGCUUUGGAAACCGGAGCAGAACUGCAUGACCACCCAGUGUAAACACGGUGCAGUUUAUGACACAUGUGGUCCAGGCUGUACUAAAACUUGCGAUAACUGGAAUGAAAUUGGGCCUUGCAACAAGCCUUGUGUAGCUGGCUGCCACUGCCCAGCCAACCUGGUCCUGUUCCACGGCCACUGCAUCGAACCCACGUCCUGUCCCGGCCGAUGA